AGGGUUUUGAGUCAUGAUGCAAGAAUCUGGGACUGAGACACAAAGUAACGGGUCAGCCAUUCAGAAUGGGGCAAGCAGCGGCAACCACCUGCUAGAGUGCGGGGGUCUCCGGGAGGGAAGGGCCAACGGGGAGACACAGGCUGUGGACGUGGGGGCAGCCGACCUCGCUCACCUCCAGCAGCAGCAGCAGCAGGCACUUCAGGUGGCAAGACAGCUCCUUCUUCAACAGCAACAGCAACCACAGUCACAGCCACAGACUCAAGGUAGUGGACUAAAAUCCCCCAAGAGGAAUGACAAACAACCAGCCCUACAGGUUCCCGUGUCAGUGGCUAUGAUGACACCUCAAGUUAUCACUCCCCAGCAAAUGCAGCAGAUCCUCCAGCAACAAGUGCUGAGCCCUCAGCAGCUCCAGGUUCUCCUCCAGCAGCAGCAAGCCCUCAUGCUUCAACAGCAGCAGCUUCAAGAGUUUUAUAAAAAACAACAAGAACAGUUGCAGCUUCAACUUAUACAACAACAACAUGCUGGAAAACAGCCGAAAGAGCAGCAGCAGGUGGCUCCCCAGCAGUUGGCUUUUCAGCAGCAGCUUUUACAGAUGCAGCAGCUGCAGCAGCAGCACCUCCUGUCUUUGCAGCGCCAAGGCCUUCUAACAAUCCAGCCCGGGCAGCCUGCCCUCCCCCUUCAGCCCCUUGCCCAGGGCAUGAUUCCAGCAGAACUGCAGCAGCUUUGGAAAGAAGUGACAAGUGCCCACCCUGCAGAAGAGACCACAGGCAACAGUCACAGCAGUCUGGAACUGACCACGACAUGUGGCUCCGCCUCAGUCCCUUCCAAGACCUCCUUAAUAAUGAACCCGCACGCCUCUACCAAUGGACAGCUCUCCGUCCACACUCCCAAAAGGGAAAGUUUGUCGCAUGAGGAGCACCCCCAUAGCCAUCCUCUCUAUGGGCAUGGUGUGUGCAAGUGGCCCGGCUGCGAAGCUGUGUGUGAAGACUUCCCCUCUUUUCUAAAACAUCUCAACAGUGAGCACGCGCUGGAUGAUAGAAGUACAGCUCAGUGCAGAGUACAAAUGCAGGUUGUGCAGCAGUUAGAACUACAGCUCGCAAAAGACAAAGAGCGCCUGCAAGCUAUGAUGACUCAUCUGCAUGUGAAGUCCACGGAACCGAAAGCUGCCCCUCAGCCUCUGAACCUGGUAUCAAGUGUCACACUCUCCAAGUCUGCAUCCGAGGCUUCUCCACAGAGCUUACCUCAUACUCCAACCACCCCCACCACCCCCAUCACUCCUGUCACCCAAGGCCCCUCUGUCAUCACCACCACCAGCAUGCACACAGUGGGGCCCAUCCGCAGGCGGUACUCAGACAAAUACAAUGUACCCAUUUCUUCAGCAGAUAUUGCACAGAACCAAGAGUUCUAUAAGAAUGCAGAAGUUAGACCACCAUUUACAUAUGCAUCUUUAAUUAGGCAGGCCAUUCUUGAAUCUCCAGAAAAGCAGCUAACACUAAAUGAAAUUUAUAACUGGUUCACACGAAUGUUUGCUUACUUUCGGCGCAAUGCAGCCACAUGGAAGGGUGCCAUUCGCACCAACCUCUCACUGCAUAAGUGCUUUAUCAGAGUAGAGGAUGAGUUUGGGUCCUUUUGGACAGUUGAUGAUGAAGAGUUUAAACGUGGCCGCCAUAUUCAACGAGGCCGUCCUCGCAAAUACUGCCCUGAUGAAAACUUUGACGAGCUUGUUUCACAUAACCCUUCCCUUAUUAAAAACAUGCAGAGCAGCCACGCCUACUGCACACCUCUCAGUGCCGCUUUACAGGCUUCAAUGGCUGAGAAUAGUAUACCUCUAUACACUACUUCUUCCAUGGGAAAUCCCACUCUGGGCAACUUAGCCAGUGCCAUCCGGGAAGAGCUGAACGGCGCAGUGGAGCAUACCAACAGCAACGAGAGUGAUAGCAGUCCGGGCCGAUCCCCUAUGCAAGCCAUGCAUCCUGUACAUGUCAAAGAAGAGCCACUGGAUCCAGAGGAAGCUGAAGGGCCUCUAUCCUUAGUGACAACAGCCAACCAUAGUCCAGAUUUUGACAAUGACAGAGAUUAUGAAGACGAGCCAGUAAAUGAGGACAUGGAGUGAAGGCCUGGAUGGGCUGACCACCGAGAAUUAAGAUUGACAAACACAAAAACUGGCAAAAGUUAACAGUGAAAUAAUUCUCCAUUUAUUGUACAGUCGGAGGGUUUUCACUACAUUUUGACAACUCUGCAAUGUGUUAACUCUUAGUGCCAUCAAGAAUCCCAUUUGGGAGUAUUUUUGAUUUUUCUACUUUUUGUUGAAAAAAAGGAAUUUGUACUCUGUGCAUUGGAUGGACUUGUUUGGUACUUGGGAUUUUCCUCUCUUAACAAUCAACAUCAGUGUUGUAAAUUUGUUAAACUGAUACACUUCUAGCAGCAGACUUGGAACUGCAAUCCUGCUAAUGGUGGACACUGGGACUUAGGAUGAGCAUGUAUGCCACGCUACAAACCAAGCCUUUGCCCAGGAUUUAAGGAUUCCAAUGGACAACAUAUUUGCACAGUACUGCAUGUUGAUUAUCACUGCCUUUACUUCUUCUUUCUUUUUUUUUUUUCUUCCAGUUGGAUUGGGAUGGGGAAGGCCUUUGUGUGUGUAUAUUCGGGGGAGGGGUUAAAAUAAUUAUCCCAAACUUUUUAAUGUAUUGCCUUUUUUUUUCCCCUUUCUACUAUACUGUUUUAAGUUCUGACCUCAGGCCUCCAUUUGGGCCCAUGGCCUCUUGGAGGCUUAAAGUUUUCUGUACCUUGUGAUGAAUGUUAAUAGGUGUUUUUAUUAUACAAAGCUGAAUGUCAUUUCUUGUUUGUAGUUUUCUGUCACUCAUUCCAUUUUCCUUCAGACAUCACUAUGUUUUCUCUAAAGUCAGAAAACAUUCCGUUUUGGUCUUUUUCAAAAAGGUCCCAAAUGCUGCACUCUACUCAUGACAUCCUCUCACACAGAUGUGAAGUCCUGCCAGAAAGAGAAUGACUGACAGAAAAAAGAGACACGCUCUGGGGCAGUGCAGGUUCAGUCCGCAGCAGUAUUGAGUGGGAGGUGUAAGGGGU